AGUUCGUCUUCCUUCCUUCUUCACCGGAAAGAGCUAAGCCACAGUUUUGCAUUAUUAACUGAUUACUUAGUCGAGAGACUCGAGUCUCUGUGCUUGUGUGUGGUUUACUGGAUUGUAAUGAACUGUCUGUCUCAUGCGCGUUCAUACAUUUCCUUGGGACUGCUAAAGAGAUCCAGCUAUGUCAGUUCUCAAAUUCAAUGGAACCAAUGCUUCUAUACGCCUUCAAAAUCUUGUUUAAAGCCUGCAGGUGUGUGUGCGUUUGGACUUUCUAAGGUUCAUUUCUAUUCCUCGAGAUCAAAGGCUGGUAAAUCGAAGAUGUCGUCGUCGACCGUUGUUUCUGUUGCGGAUAAAGAAAAGGACGCGUUUUUCGUUGUUAGGAAGGGUGAUGUUAUUGGAAUUUAUAAGGAUUUGAGUGAUUGUCAGGCUCAAGUUGGAUCUUCGGUGUUUGAUCCUCCAGUUAGUGUUUAUAAGGGAUACUCGUUACCUAAAGAAGCGGAGGAGUAUCUUUCUUCUGUAGGACUGAAGAAACCACUCUACAGUAUUAGAGCUUCAGACUUGAAAGAUGAUAUGUUUGGUGCUCUCACCCCAUGUCUUUUCCAGGAGCCUAAUGUCACAGUAUCUGAAGAGAGGAAUACCUUAGAGAUGAAGUCGAAAGAUAAAACUAUAGACUACAAGAUAUAUUCAUUUUCCCAGGAUCCACUUCCCUCCGCUUCUAUGUCAGGUCCUUUGGAAAUGAUUGGUAAUAAUUCCCCAGAAGAGACUUGCUUUAUUGAGUUUGAUGGUGCAUCAAAGGGAAAUCCCGGUCUCUCUGGUGCAGCAGCGGUAUUGAAAAAUGAGGACGGAAGCUUGAUUUGUAAACUGCGUCAAGGUUUGGGAAUUGCUACAAACAAUAAAGCAGAAUACCACGCGUUAAUCCUAGGGUUGAAGUAUGCUGUUGAGAAAGGUUACAAGAAAAUAAAAGUGAAAGGUGACUCCAAGCUGGUCUGUAUGCAGAUCAAAGGUCAAUGGAAUGUUAAUAAUGAGGUACUCGCAAAGCUCCACAAGGAAGCAAAACAACUUUGCGACAAAUGUGUUUCAUUUGAGAUCAGUCAUGUACUAAGGAAUUUAAAUGCUGAUGCGGAUGAACAAGCAAACUUGGCUGUCCGCCUUCCCGCUCCGUCGCCGACUUUGUCUCCCGGAGCUAUUUCGCGUACAAAGGCUGAUGCAGCUGAGAUUGACGCCGAUGAAGCUAUUGCGUACUCGGACCCAACUGAAUCGCCGACUGCGAUUCCGGUGAUUAUGCCUGGUAACCUUCAGCCACGUGUCGUUGUGUACGACGGAGUCUGUCACCUUUGCCAUGGAGGUGUGAAGUGGAUAAUCAAAGCUGAUAAGUACAGGAAGAUAAAGUUCUGUUGCCUUCAGUCUAAAGCAGCUGAGCCAUAUCUAGAAGUGAGUGGUGUCACUAGAGAAGAUGUGCAGAAACGAUUUCUCUUCAUUGAAGGUCUUGGGUAUUACCAUCAGGCAUCAACCGCUGCGCUCCGUGUGGUAUCAUACUUACCUCUGCCUUAUUCCGCAUUGAACGUUUUCUCCAUAAUUCCCACUCCUCUGAGAGACCCAGUAUAUGACUACGUGGCAAAGCGUCGGUAUGACUGGUUUGGAAAAGCUGAGGAUUGCUUGGUUCUGAAAGACCAAGAGCUGUUGGAGCGGUUUAUAGACCGGGAUGAACUCAUUGAUCGAAGCUAACGAUGAUGCUUUUGAGCGGAAGCUAAUGAUGACCCUUUAAAUGAUUUGAGUUUGAAUAUAGAUUAGAUUUAAUGUAAGGGAAUGUAACUAGAGGUAAUUGUUCAAUAAUCAAAAGCUUAUUAGGUCUGUGUUAGAUUUCUGAAAAGUAACCACAAAGGAAUUAAUAACUUCCAAAGGUAAUUAAGCAUAAUCUUCAUUGUUAA